AUGGCCCGCGCCUCCGCCGCCGCGCUGCUCGCCGCGGCGGCGUGCCUCGGCGCCCCGCUGCGGCCGCCGGCGGCGGCCGCCGGAGCGCGGGCGUUCUCCGCGGCGCGCGUCGGGGCAGGGCCCGCGGGGCCGCCGCUGCCCGCGGCGGCGGCGGCCGGCCGCGCGGAGGGCCCGCGCGUGGCCAGGCGCGGCCUGCUGGGGCUCUUCGGCAGGGCCGCCCCGGCGCCGCCGCCGUGGUAUGCGCAGCUGCUGGGCAGCAGCAGCGCGCCCGCGCUGUCCCUGGCGCUCGGGGUGCUGCUCGGCGCGGCCGCGGCAGCGAGGGGGCGAGGUGGCGCGCCCGCGCCGACGUACAUCUUCAACAGCAGCAUCACCAAGGAGCAGGUGCUCGAAGCUCAGAAGGCCUGGGGCGAGGGGAUCGUGAGGAUCAGCGCCGCGCACGCCAGCGGGGAGGACUUCGCGCUUCUCGCGAAGGAGCACAUCAGGAACCUGUAUGGCUACGGCGUCACGGAUGUCCUUUUCAAGCCGACUCUGGCCUCAAAUAUUCAGUUCCGAUCCACCUUCGACGAGGCCCUGUCUUACUUCGUGGCGACAAACGGGGUUUGCUCUGAAGACAGGGGCUUUGCCAUCAAGGGCUGGAAAGCCGUCCGGUGGGAGAACGUGGAUAUCACCACCUCCGGCAACACCGCAAUGGCCAUGGGCAACUAUUUCUUCACCACACCGGACGGCGGCGAGGUGAAGGUGGAGUAUACGUUCGGUUAUUUCCUCGACGCGGAGGGGAAGGUGCGGAUCAAUUUGCACCAUUCUUCGCUGCCGUACGACGUCGGCGUUACCAAGGAGGACGCAAUCGCUGUGCAAGACGCGUGGGCUGGCGCCAUCAAGAACAUCUCGAAAGUGUUCAAGGGCAAAGGCGACUACGUUCAGGCGGCGGCGGAUGCAGCCGGGGAGCUCUACGCGUACGGUAAAGGCAACGUGCUUUUCAAGCCGACGAAAGCCCGCGAGUAUACGUUCAGGCCUACGGCCGAGGAGGCGAUGUCCUAUUUUGUUGGUGAAGGCGCGGUCGAGAACGGUUAUAAGGAGGACGGCGGCUUCGCGAUCAACGGUGGCAAGGGCUGGGCGGAUUGCGUGUACAGCAACCACAUGAUCGAACCUAUCGGUGGUAUUGCCAUUGCCAUGGGCACCUACGACUUCACCUGCGCCACCACCGGGGACGUGAGCACUGUCGAGUACACCUUUGGCUACAAGCGCUGCGACGAUGGGAAGGUACGCAUUUUCCUGCACCAUUCGUCUGUGCCGUUCAGCGCUGCACCGGCACCAGUCACCGAGGAGGAAGUCAUCGCUGUGCAAACAGCGUGGGCUGGCGCCAUAAAAAAUAUCUCGAAGGUUUACAAAGACAAAGGCGACUAUGUUCAGGCAGCUGCCGAGGCAGCUGGGGAGCUCUACGCGUACGGCAAAGGUAACGUGCUCUUCAAGCCGACGAAAGCUCGCGAGUACCCGUUCAGGCCCACGGCCGAGGAGGCGAUGUCCUACUUUGUGGGCAACAACGCGGUCGAGAACGGUUAUGAGGAGGACGGUGGUUUUGCGAUCAACGGUGGCAAGGGCUUUUCAGAUUGCGUGUACAAGAAUCACCAGAUCGAACUCAAGGGGGGCAUUGGCAUUGCCAUGGGAACCUACGACUUCACCUGUGCCACCACAGGGGACGUGUCGACUGUCGAGUACACCUUCGGUUACAAGCGCUGCGACGAUGGGAAGGUACGCAUUUUCCUGCAUCACUCGUCCGUGCCUUACUCGGCUUGAAGCUCGGAAGCUGUGGGCAGUCGAAGGGCUAGAAGACCGUAAACCGCUGGGUGAGAAAACGGCCCCGUUUUGGCCCCUCAUGAGCAACUUGCUGUUCACCAUCCUGGGGGGCGCCUUGUUCGAAACAUUGUGUGAGCAUCAAAUGCAUCUGUGUGAGCAUCACCAACGAUCAGCUUGUGUCGAAUUGUGUGAGCAAUCGUAUUCGGUAUUUGUUAACACACUUGCACCGCAGCUGUCGUUGAUUGCUGGCAUGGCAUCCCUUCAUGAUGGCACGUUCUUCUUCUAUCGUGCAGACCCCAGCUCCUCUUAUCCCCUCCUCUCCUCCCCCUCCCUCUCUCUUUCUCGCCGUCUCCAUGGCCAUAAGCAGCGUGCAAGUGCCAGCUUGUAAAUUUAUUAAUGCUUGCGGGCGUGCCAAUGGGCAUGCCUCGUUCAGCCUAUGCUUUUCCUGUCGGGUACACGGCUGGCAAGCAGACCCUCGGUGUCGAGAGCUACGGCUUCCAACUUCCUCAUGAAAAUUACUCCAGCUGCUGCUGUGCGUGUGUGCGUUGUUUUCUCGAGGCGCCCCUCUGGAAAUGGACACAAAAAAGGGUAUGUAGCCAGCUGAAGUGGGAUCCUGCGGAAUCCUUUUUAGACCUGCGGCCAGCUGUAUUUUUCAUUGUUGCACGCCGAGUGGAACACAUCCACUGCGUCGACAGCGAAUCUACUUUGUCGCGUUGCAUGCCGAGUGGAACUCGUCCACCGCGCCCGCAACAGCUCCUUUGCCGCGUGGAAUGUGACUCCAUUGGUCCGCCAAAACGGGGUGGAAAGGAGAAGGAGUAAAGGGC